UAGUUCUAAUUUGUCUUCAAGGAACUUGAUGGCAGAACAAUCAAAGUACAUAAAGCAAACUCCCGUGGUGGAGGCGGCAGCUCUGAAGGGCGGACUAGAGGAGGCCGAGGAGGCAGAGGUGGAGGAUAUGGCAGAGGAAGACGUGGUGGUUUUAGUGGAGGUGGUGGAGGCUAUGGAGGUGGGAACUUUGGGGGUGGUUCAACCUAUGCACAAGGCUACACUGGUGGUGGUGGUGGUGACGGUUCUGGAAACUACUACUACAGUGGUGGCAGUGGUUAUAAUUAUUAAAAAGGACAUGACCACAGGUAAGGCCAUCUGUUCUACUUCCGUGAUUCAACUAUGUUCCUGUCAGUCUGUUAUGCAUUGAUGUGCUGAGGUCAUAGAACAAGACAUAAAAAUUCAGUUUGCUGUCCUGAAACGUGAUGAAUGAUAAACCUCAGCUUAUGAUGUUUAGUGCUCUGAAGUUUCCUGUGUUAUUGUCCUGUGUGCUUACUACUAUGAAAACCUCAGCUAAUGAUGUUUGGCUCUCUGAUGUUCUGAUGAUCCAUUUAUUGUGCAGAAAUGGUUACUUAUAUGAAGAGCAGAAAUUCAUACAUAUUUUAAGUUCUUGUUAAUUUAGUUUAAGAUGUUUAAACAAUUUUUUUUCUAUGCUUGCCUGUUCAAAAUAGUUGAAAAAUGAUUAUUGUACCUUAUUAAAAAGAAACAUCAACUGUGUUGUCACCACUACUGAAAGUCCACUUUCCAAUCCAAAGUGCCAUUUUUUUAUUAUUUUAAUAUAUUCCUGGUCUUUCCUUGUAUCAUGAAUUACAGCUACAAACACAAAAGAGUGUCAACAAAAUCAGCCUUGUUUUCCUUUAAACUCCAUGUGCGUUUGAAUAGAUAGUUUGUGUUUUUGUAGGCUUUUAGGAGGAUUUCUUUUUUUUGGUACAUCAUUAUGGUAAUUAUAAUGUACCAUAGUAUUAUUAGAGCAGUCAAGUAAACUUGAGUCACUUGAUUUUGUUGUUGAUUUUCUUGGUACAUUAAAAUUAUCAUAUUUGAAUUA